AUGACCAAAAUGACCAAACCCACUGCAAGCAAAAUCGCCUAUUGGCGCUGCAUGCGCGACAACUGCACCAACAUAAACAGCAUUGAGGACCAGUUCUGCAAAAGGUGCGACUUUAUACCGGUCGAUGGGGCAAAGGCUUUGAAUGCUGAUCUUCACGAAAUUGGGGUCCAUGAUGGAAAUGAUACAAACGUGAAUCCAGUCUGGAAGCUUCACGAGCCGGAGAAUAAGAACACUUCGGGGGCGAGGGCGAGAGACAGACAGUACAGCAAAUGGACAAUGCAAUCACAAUUGACCUAA